AUUAGGUAACCCAUGGCAACCGGAAUCCAUUUCUGGCUCCAAAUCGCAACCACACUCUCCAACUCCAGGGCGGUCUCCAUGUGGGGGACCUAAGUGUUACUAGCGGAGGUGCCACAAUCAGUAACAUGCAUCUUGUGGGGUAUGAAUAAAAGAAAAUCGGGGGAGGAGUAAAAAGUUCAGGUGGAUCACGUGACCAGGACAAGAAAAAAUACCAGACUGAAGAAAAGAAUCGUUUGUAUGCAAUCAUUAUGCUGAGAAGUACAUUGGAAGAUAAAAUCCCUCUAGACUGUCUGUAUUCAUCAAUCCACACGUCUAUUAAAGUGGAAAACUUUCACGAUGUUUACUCCAUGGACACAAACCUGCUGGGAAGAGGUAAAUUUGCUGUGGUUCGACGAUGCACAGAGAGAACCACUGGAAGAGAAUUUGCUGCCAAAUUUCUUAAAAAGCGAAGACGAGGGAAAGACUGCAGAGCAGAGAUAAUCCAUGAAAUAGCUGUACUUGAAAUAGCAAAGAUAAAUCCACACAUUGUGGACCUCCAUGAAGUCUAUGAAACUAGCCAUGAAAUUAUCCUAAUUUUAGAAUAUGCUGCAGGUGGAGAAAUAUUUAACCUUUGUGCACCAGACCGAAAUGACAACAUCUCUGAAAGACAAAUAAUUACACUAUUGCGUCAAAUCAUUGAAGGCGUGAAGUUUCUGCAUGAGAACAAUAUUGUUCACCUUGAUCUUAAGCUUCAGAAUAUACUGCUCAGCAGGCUGGAACCUCCAGGUAACAUCAAAAUAGUUGAUUUUGGAAUGUCCCGAAAAAUAGGAAAUUCUGAAAUUCGAGAAAUUAUGGGCACAACUGAAUAUUUAGCUCCGGAGGUACUCAAUUAUGAGCCCAUAACUACCGCAACAGAUAUAUGGAGUAUUGGUGUAAUCUGUUACAUGCUCCUUACUGGGGUAUCACCAUUUGCUGGUGUAGAUAACCAGGAAACCUACUUGAAUAUUUCACAGAUAAAAGUAGAUUACUCAGAAGAAACAUUCACUUCAGGAUCACGGGAAGCUGUGCAUUUUAUAAAGUCCAUACUUGUGAAGAAACCAGAGAACAGAGCCUCCGCUGCAGAUUGUCUGGCUCACCCGUGGCUUCAGCUAACAGAAACAAAUUUGUAUGGUCAUCAAAGACUAUCCAUUUCACAUCCAGAAGAACAUGUAAAUAGGUCAAAUGACUUUAAUUUGAAAAGUAGGUGCAAUAGGAUGAACAAGGAUCGGGGUGAGGACAAAGAGAAUAUACAAGAAGACAAUGUUUCAACCAUUAAGAGAUUUCGGUUGGAUAGUACUCAUCACAAGCACUACUGCAUCUAAGCAUUUUUUUUUUUUUUUAUACUUGAAAGAUGCAUAUUUGUAUAUUCUUUAUUAUUUUUAACUAAAAUUAUUAGACUUA